AUGGCACGUAUCGCAUCCAACCCUACCUCUGACGUUGAGCCCGACUUCGCGUCAGCCACCUUCGAAGGGUUAAGAAAUCGCAUCAUCGGAAACUCGCAGACAACACACGCUGAAGCAGCCAACAAACUCACAGUGGGAUGGCAGCAAGACUGCGACAUUCGCGUUGCCGCUUGGAACCAGCAAGUCACCGAAGACGCUAGACUCGCGGCGGAACAAGCCCAAACCAUGCGAGAACUGUUGGAACAAGAGGAAUGGACACGUGAGCAAGAAGCAGAGAACGAAUGCUGGGAGGCCAAGAAGAAAAAGCCGAAGAUAAACGACUUCAUGGUAUGUACCUCCGUCAGUGAUACUCUUACCCCCCAUCCGUCCCAGUAUGCCAUCCACAAACUCAAAUCGUUUGAGUACGUGGAGUUAUGGUACUUCAGCCCCGACGGAUGCAAAGAAACUGCAGACGAGGCCAAGUCCUCGGCAGACGGGACCUUCGGUUUCACGAAAGUGGAAGACUUCGUGGCCCUAAAGCCUGUCCGCCAAUUCGACAUGGCAAAGAACAGUUUCCUCCUUUACAUAAACAAGCUCAACUGGCCGGAGAAGCACCAACACGCCAUCACAAUGUUCUUUAUGAACAUCGUAUCCCACCCUCAACGCGCUGAACCCUUUGGGGAACGCGCGUUACUUCUUUAUGCUGCCCGUGUACGCCGAGACUGGCACGACACGCUGACCCUCGAUAAUGCAUUCGACAUUAGCGUCUUUAACCCAAUGCUCCUCAAGAAUAUGGCAGAAGAAGUGUGGAAUAAGUUGCAUCUGGAAAGCUUGAACGAGAUGCAGCAAGCUAUGGCUACACAGCAGCCCGCUCACGAACCCCAAACCUCUUCCCAACGCAACCAGCACAAGAGCCAGCCCUGA